AUGAAUCUCCCUAUCUUGACUGCAGUCCUUCUUGGACUUAUCCUGACUCCAGGCCAUGCUGAUCAUUCUCAGCAGACGGAUAACAACUGCCAGAUCUCUGGUGGUGGUGUUUUCCAAAAUAUGACUCUCAGCAGUCAAACACUUGUGGUGGUAAUUGAACAAAGGAGCGAUCACCUCUCAUGGAAAACCAUCUGGAACUACAAAACGGGUAUCAUUGCAACGAAAGUGAUGCCAGAAAGAACUUGCUAUAUUUCCACCAUGAACAGAAAUGAUAUGCCCAGCUUUGAAAAUAUGGCCCAACUGGCGUCACAGAACGGGAACCUGCUUGGACUUGGAAGACCACACAAGAAGAUCACCUUUGUCACCAAUGGAUUGGUCAACAACCUCAGCUCUUACGGCAUUGAAAUCACCGCCAUGUGCAGUGGACUCACCACCUACUUGGCCUACGAAGUUCACAAUACCCAAGUAAAUGUGGGAUCAUGCAUUACGCUCGAUGUCAUGAGAGUCGUGGAUCUGCAGUACUGCACUGGCAAUGGCAAUGGACAGUUUCCUCAGACUCCUGGUGGCCUCCACAACGGCACGCAAGUCAUCAUUGGUGGCCAGUCCCAAAUCGUGACCAUCAACAGGCAAUGGCACGUGGCAAUCAUUGAGCAAAACACCAUCAGCGGGUCCUUUAAAACCAUCUGGAACUACAACACGGGCGUCAUUGCAACCAAAGUCACGCAACAGAACACCUGCUACAUUUCCAUCAUGAACAAAAGUGAGAUGCCCAGCUUCAAUAAUCUGGCCCGCCUGGCACAAGAGAGCAGGAACCAGAUCGGUUUUGGAAGACCACACAAGAAGAUCACCUUUGUCGCCAAUGGAUUGGUCAACAACCUCAGCUCUUACGGAUCAGAUGUCUUCUCCAUGUGCAGUGGACUCACCACCUACAUGGCUUAUGAAGUUCACGGACUCCAAGUGAAUCUGGGAUCAUGCAUUACCCUCGAUGUCCUGAGAGUCGUGGAUCUGCAGUACUGCACUGGCAAUGGCAAUGGACAGUUUCCUCAGACUCCUGGUGGCCUCCACAACGGCACGCAAGUCAUCAUUGGUGGCCAGUCCCAAAUCGUGACCAUCAACAGGCAAUGGCACGUGGCAAUCAUUGAGCAAAACACCAUCAGCGGGUCCUUUAAAACCAUCUGGAACUACAACACGGGCGUCAUUGCAACCAAAGUCACGCAACAGAACACCUGCUACAUUUCCAUCAUGAACAAAAGUGAGAUACCCAGCUUCAAUAAUCUGGCCCGCCUGGCACAAGAGAGCAGGAACCAGAUCGGUUUUGGAAGACCACACAAGAAGAUCACCUUUGUCGCCAAUGGAUUGGUCAACAACCUCAGCUCUUACGGAUCAGAUGUCUUCUCCAUGUGCAGUGGACUCACCACCUACAUGGCUUAUGAAGUUCACGGACUCCAAGUGAAUCUGGGAUCAUGCAUUACCCUCGAUGUCCUGAGAGUCGUGGAUCUGCAGUACUGCACUGGCAGUGGCAAUGGACAGUUUCCUCAGACUCCUGGUGGCCUCCACAACGGCACGCAAGUCAUCAUUGGUGGCCAGUCCCAAAUCGUGACCAUCAACAGGCAAUGGCACGUGGCAAUCAUUGAGCAAAACACCAUCAGCGGGUCCUUUAAAACCAUCUGGAACUACAACACGGGCGUCAUUGCAACCAAAGUCACGCAACAGAACACCUGCUACAUUUCCAUCAUGAACAAAAGUGAGAUGCCCAGCUUCAAUAAUCUGGCCCGCCUGGCACAAGAGAGCAGGAACCAGAUCGGUUUUGGAAGACCACACAAGAAGAUCACCUUUGUCGCCAAUGGAUUGGUCAACAACCUCAGCUCUUACGGAUCAGAUGUCUUCUCCAUGUGCAGUGGACUCACCACCUACAUGGCUUACGAAGUUCACGGACUCCAAGUGAAUCUGGGAUCAUGCAUUACCCUCGAUGUCCUGAGAGUCGUGGAUCUGCAGUACUGCACUGGCAAUGGCAAUGGACAGUUUCCUCAGACUCCUGGUGGCCUCCACAACGGCACGCAAGUCAUCAUUGGUGGCCAGUCCCAAAUCGUGACCAUCAACAGGCAAUGGCACGUGGCAAUCAUUGAGCAAAACACCAUCAGCGGGUCCUUUAAAACCAUCUGGAACUACAACACGGGCGUCAUUGCAACCAAAGUCACGCAACAGAACACCUGCUACAUUUCCAUCAUGAACAAAAGUGAGAUGCCCAGCUUCAAUAAUCUGGCCCGCCUGGCACAAGAGAGCAGGAACCAGAUCGGUUUUGGAAGACCACACAAGAAGAUCACCUUUGUCGCCAAUGGAUUGGUCAACAACCUCAGCUCUUACGGAUCAGAUGUCUUCUCCAUGUGCAGUGGACUCACCACCUACAUGGCUUACGAAGUUCACGGACUCCAAGUGAAUCUGGGAUCAUGCAUUACCCUCGAUGUCCUGAGAGUCGUGGAUCUGCAGUACUGCACUGGCAAUGGCAAUGGACAGUUUCCUCAGACUCCUGGUGGCCUCCACAACGGCACGCAAGUCAUCAUUGGUGGCCAGUCCCAAAUCGUGACCAUCAACAGGCAAUGGCACGUGGCAAUCAUUGAGCAAAACACCAUCAGCGGGUCCUUUAAAACCAUCUGGAACUACAACACGGGCGUCAUUGCAACCAAAGUCACGCAACAGAACACCUGCUACAUUUCCAUCAUGAACAAAAGUGAGAUACCCAGCUUCAAUAAUCUGGCCCGCCUGGCACAAGAGAGCAGGAACCAGAUCGGUUUUGGAAGACCACACAAGAAGAUCACCUUUGUCGCCAAUGGAUUGGUCAACAACCUCAGCUCUUAUGGAUCAGAUGUCUUCUCCAUGUGCAGUGGACUCACCACCUACAUGGCUUAUGAAGUUCACGGUGAGUGCAAGCAAAGGAAUUCUAAGUGA